AUGCCGUGCGAAGAACAAACACGCUGUCUGAGGUUGCGGGACUCUCGGGUGGGUGAGAAUCAAUCCACGCGGCAGCUACCGCUGCUUCGCAAGCGACCCGAUUGCUCCCUGUCAAUCUUUGUCAUUGGCAUGCGGGGAGCGGGCAAAACCACUACUGGCCGCUUGAUCGCCUCUGUCCUGUCCCGGGUGUUUCUGGAUCUCGAUCACGACCUCGCAGCUCGGAACGGGAUAGCCUGCAGUGAGAUUGUCCGCCUGCGUGGUUGGGAGGCGUUCCGGCAGGAGGAACUUGGGGUUCUUUCCGAGUCAAUGCAGACUCGUAGGACCGGCUUCGUGAUCUCGUGCGGCGGCGGUAUUGUCGAGACCCCUGAGGCACGCCAGCUGCUGAGGCAGUGGCCCGGCUUGGUAGUGCAGGUGAGUCGCGACACGGAAGCCGUAGUUGACUAUCUCACUGUGGACAAGACGCGGCACGCGUACACGGAGCAGAUUCAACAGGUGUACGAGCGGAGAAAGCCCUUCUUGGAAGAACUUUCGGAUGCAUUAUACCUCAGUACGCAGAAGCAGCUGGAGGGCAGAGCCCGUGCUGCACCGCCACAGGACUUGCUCUGCUUCCUCGAUCGUCUGUAUGGACCAGACUGUGAGGACAGGGCGGAGCAGCUGCUAUCAAAGAGCCAGCUGCAGGUGCGCGAUGUGUCAGCAGCGUGUCAACAACAAUCCACGCAAGACGACCCGAGACAGAACGGUGCAGGUGUCACCAUUGACCUCGCCGACAAUUGCGAUGCUCUAUAUCUUCGGGCCACUCAAGACGAGUGUGCAGACCUGGACAGUCUCGCUGUGCGAAUCGCGCGACUGCGGUGCAACACCUUGUUACCUUUGGUGUUGUCUUUAGAGAUUACGAGAAGCCCGCUGCCAGACUUGGUUCUGAAACAAGUCUGUCGCCUUGCUGACAGAAUGAGGGUGGAAGCUGUCGCACUGCCCUCCAGCAUAGAGGAGCACUACGAGAACGUGUUGCAGAGCAUCUGUUACUUCACGCGACUCGUGUUCCUGCAGGAUGAAUGA